GCGACGUUUCCGUACGGUGUCAUCAGCCGAGUGCGCGUGGGUUUCACUCUUCAACAAAUCCUGCUGAAGUUACAGCGAAUAGAUCAGAAUGACGGAACGCAAAGGAACAGCAAAACUUGACUUCUUGAGGAAGAUUGAGGAGGAAGUUCAACAGAAAUGGGAGCAGGAAAAGAUGUUUGAGAUUGAUGCUCCAACCACCUCUGAGGAAAAUACAAAUAAGAACAAGUACUUUAUUACGUUUCCUUACCCGUACAUGAAUGGGAGACUUCACCUUGGACAUACGUUCUGCCUGUCGAAGUGUGAGUUUGCAAUAGGUUACCAGCGGCUGAAAGGAAAGCAAUGUCUUUUCCCAUUUGGACUUCAUUGUACUGGGAUGCCCAUCAAAGCAUGUGCAGACAAGCUGAAGAGAGAAAUGGAGCUGUAUGGAAACCCGCCGCAAUUCCCUGAGGAAGAUGAAGAGGAGGAAGAGCAGAAGAAGAUCACCGAUGAGGUCAUCAUCAAGGACAAGUCAAAGGGCAAAAAGAGCAAAGCUGUAGCGAAGUCUGGAAGCUCCAAGUUCCAGUGGGACAUCAUGAAAUCUCUGGGGCUGCGGGACGAAGAAAUCGUGAGGUUUGCUGAAGCUGAACAUUGGCUGGAUUAUUUCCCUCCUCUUGCUGUAGAAGACCUGAAGAAAAUGGGCCUAAAGGCUGAUUGGCGUCGUUCCUUCAUCACGACCGAUGUAAACCCUUUCUACGACUCUUUUGUGAGGUGGCAGUACAUCACUCUGAAAGAGAGAAAAAAGAUCAAGUUUGGGAAAAGUGGCCUUAAAGGCAAGAAUGUUUUUCUGGUGGCUGCGACUCUGAGGCCUGAAACCAUGUUUGGUCAGACGAAUUGCUGGAUUCGGCCAGAUAUGAGGUACAUUAUAUUUGAGACGGCCAACGGUGAGCUGUUCAUCAGCACGCAGCGGUCAGCCAGGAACAUGUCCUACCAGGGCUUUACCAAAGAGAAUGGAGUGGUUCCUGUCAUCAUGAACAUCAUGGGCCAGAAAGGCCAUUUGCCUUGCUGUGCCUGUCAGAGUUAUUUUUCAAAACAUCCUAGAUUCUGUGUGUCUGAAGUGGCUUAUGGCUUUCUGUUCUACCAGGUACCCAUCAUUGAGAUUCCAGGUUAUGGGAACCUGUCGGCUCCUCUGGUUUGUGAUGAACUAAAGAUCCAAAGCCAGAAUGACAGAGAGAAACUGGCUGAGGCCAAAGAGAAGGUCUACCUCAAGGGCUUUUAUGAAGGGAUCAUGUUAGUGGAGGGUUUCAAGGGACAGAAGGUCCAGGAUGUUAAGAAGCCCAUUCAGAAGAUGAUGGUGGAGAAGGGUGAGGCGAUGGUCUACAUGGAGCCGGAGAAGCAGGUGUUAUCUCGGUCGGCAGACGAGUGUGUUGUGGCAUUGUGUGAUCAAUGGUAUCUGGAUUAUGGCAAUGAGGAAUGGAAAAAGCAAGCUACGGGCGUCCUGGAGGCUCUUGAGACGUUCUGUGACGAAACCAGGAAGAACUUUGAAGCAACAUUGGCUUGGCUUCAGGAACAUGCCUGCUCCAGAUCGUAUGGGCUAGGAACCCGGUUGCCAUGGGAUGAACAAUGGCUCAUUGAGUCCCUGUCGGACUCCACAAUCUAUAUGGCUUACUACACCGUGGCACAUCUCCUCCAGGGAGGGGUCCUCAACGGACAAGGACCCUCGCCACUGGGAAUCAGAGCCGAGCAGAUGACGAGGGAGGUGUGGGAUUACAUCUUCUUCAAAACAGCACCUUUCCCAAAGACGGACAUCCCAAAGGAAAAGCUGCAGAAGCUCAGGAGGGAGUUUGAGUUCUGGUACCCUGUAGAUGUCAGAGUAUCAGGGAAAGAUCUGGUGCCAAACCAUCUCACCUAUUACCUCUACAAUCAUGUAGCCAUGUGGCCCAAUGACAGGUACACUGCAGUUUACUUAUUUACAAGAAAAUGCAGUUUACAUUACAAAAAGGGAGGCAACAAACCACCAGCUAAGCCCACACACUGCACCAUCUACGUAGCAAAGACCUACCCGCCGUGGCAGCACAGCGCCCUCUCUCUGCUGGGCAAACAUUACAAGAGCAACAAUGGAGCUCUACCUGACAAUAAGGUCAUCGCCAUGGAGCUGGGUGCCAUGCCGGAGCUGAAGAAAUACAUGAAGAGAGUGAUGCCCUUUGUAGCCAUGAUAAAGGACAGCCUAGAGAAAAACGGGCCCAGGGUUCUUGAUCUAGAGCUGGAGUUUGACGAGUGUGCUGUCCUACUGGAGAACAUCGUUUAUUUGACUAAUUCACUUGAGUUGGAUCAGAUAGACGUUGUGUUCGCCUCUGAAGCAGAUGACAAAGUGAAGGAGGACUGUUGCCCUGGGAAACCGUUCUGUGUCUUCAGAUCCGAGGUGAUGAUGAGAGCCCACUGAGGCCCUGUCAUAGCUGCUGCACCAUCUAUUGUUUCUGUUUUUUAAUGGUUGAUCUGGCCUGUGCUGCAUGCAGCUCGAGACAGACUAAUUUUAGAAGCAUGCUGCGCAUUGCUAAUGCUUCGUAGAUGCAGCUCACUAUGGUGUAGUGUACAGCGUUCAAUCAGACAUAAAAUGUUUUCUGAGUUAUCGCCAGGCUUUUGGAAAUAUAUUUGAAAUAUGAUGAUAUGUUUAUAUGCAGGAUUUGAUAUGCAGUGUU